AUGACCGCUGCGUCAACCGGCAGCAGUCAACCGUCGACGGCUGGCACCUAUUCGGUUAGGGAGAUCAUCGACAGAUAUGAGUCAGAGGAGGAUGAGUUUUUACGAGAGCUUGAAGAUAUGCGGGCAUCAUUGCAGAAUAGCGAACAAGAGGAAGAAGUGGUGCCACAAGAUCCGGCUCCUAUUCUUAGUGUUCUAUGUAGUCUUGUAGAUGAGAUUGGCUCAUUGAGAACCGAAAAUCGCCGAUUAAAAACUAGAUUGGCGCCAACGCCAUCCAGGUCUAAGGACCCACUUACAACCUCCUCGAUAUCUACGGAUUUCUCGCAAGGCUUGAGCCGAACGCGAGCCCCUCCACUAGUGGAGCCAGAACUUAGCGAUAGCGAAGCUGACGAUCAUUAUCCUAAAGUAGAGCGAAGAAAUCGUCGAACAGCCGUGCGUCGAUGUGACAUGUCGAUGUCCGAAUGUACAUCACCAUCAUCAGCGUCGUCAAGUCGUGAUCCAAGCGAAGGAAUGAGUAAGUUUGUGAAAGUCUACACUAAUAUAAAUCAGACCUGA